CAAUAUUCUAUGAAGUAGGACUGUCAAGUUACGAUUUAACAUGAAUAGAGAAUGAUUGGAUGAAGAAACUGUAAACAUGUCAGGAAACCUAGCAGUAGUAGCUUUUGAUGGAGAAUUGAAUUCAAUUGUCAAAGAGUAUCUGACAUGUAAUUCCUUAGAGAAAACUGUAACAUGUUUUGUAGAAGAAUGCAAUGAAAAGGGGUCACCUAUUGCCCCAGUAGACACUAAAUCAUUCACCAAUGCAAGUCUUCUUGAAACACAGCAACAACUGAUGAAGUAUUUUGAAGAAGGAAAUGGAGAUGAUUAUUUUGAGUUAUGGAAUGAAGAAUUACCUCCAAGAAUCAAAAAUGAUGACCAAGUUGCUCAGAAACUGGAGUUUUAUGCCAAUAUCUAUUUUGCUAUAUACCCAAUUAAGAUGGGUGAUAGUCAGUCAAAAGUAGAUAACAGGAUGACUGCUUUCAAGAAAUAUUUAGAAAAUCGUGGAGCUACUUUGAGUCAAACUACAGAAUUCCUGCCAUUUUAUGCCUUGCCAUUCGUACCAAACCCUAAAGCUCAUCCUUCCUAUAAAGAGUUAUUUGAGGAAAACUGGUCAAGAGAACUAAGAAGUAGACUCAACACAUUUUUAACAUUAUCUUUAAAGUCGACCAAACAACCUAGAUUAUUUGAUCUCUAUAGAACGGGAGGAAAUCCUGAAGCUAGAGAUAAUGAAGCUCAUAUCAAAGCGUUGAAACAGAAAGUAGCCGAUGGGGACCGAAAGACAGCAACAUAUAUGAAACGACAUAGUAAAGUUCAGGCAGAUUAUCAUAAUCUGAUUGGUAUUACAGCAGACCUUGUGGAUGCUCUGGAGUCAACAGUUCAAGGAAGACCGAUUACGCCAGAAUAUUUAUCUCAACUGUGUUCAAGGUUAUUUGCUAAUCAUAUGAGAACCUCCUUAGAUUUAACAAGACCUGGAACUGCAGGAGAAGCCUUGAGAAAAUCUGUUGCCCCUACAAGAAUGUCUAAACCUGAAGUAGAACAGUUUCCCAGUCUAGAUUAUCGUAAAGUCAGAAAUGAUCUGAUGACAGGCAGUGAAAGAACACAAGCUUUACUUUUACAGGCUUUGAGAUGGCGUCUGACAAAAUCCAGUAUAGAGAAACGUGAUGCUACUAUGUCUCAAUAUUUACAUAAUGAUAUACUAGGAUGUGCUAAUGCUGGGCCUUACAGGGAUUCCAUGAAGAAAUUAUUAACCUCACCUAAUGAAGAUGUAAAACAGGGGGCAGCAAGAUUAUAUAAUGCAUUUGCUUCUUUAUGUGUCGGUCGUACAUAUCUUGCUUUAAAUCCUGAUUUAACACCAGCGUUAUUAGCUAAUUUACAAAGUGAAGAUAAAGAUUCUAUAACUAGAGAAAUGGUUCUAGGGGCAUUACAGAAACUCAGUUUAAGACGAGCCCUACAGACAGCUAUGAUAAAUAAAGGAGUGAUAGAAUGGUUGGUUGGAGUAUUAGAAGAUAAUGAUAAUCUCUCAGAUUAUAGUCUAGAGUAUACGGCAGCUCUACUCAUGAAUCUCUGUCUACGAACUUCAGGUAAAUUAAGAUGUUCCCAGAAUGCUCAUCAAACAUUGAAAGUUUUGAGUGAUUUACUAGGACAUGAAAAUACGGAGGUAAGACCCUAUGUAAAUGGAGCUCUGUAUAGUAUAUUAGCUAUUUCAUCUAUUCGAGAAGAAGCCAAAAGAAUGGAUAUGGAAGAUAUUUUGAAAUGUUUUAUUAAAGAAGAUCAACCAGAUAUGAACAGACAAAUAGAAUUUAUUAUAAAACAGUUAAACUCAAAUGAGGUAGCUGAAGAAGAUGAUGAUGAUGAUGGUGAUGAAGAAGAAGAUGGUGAAGAAGAUCAAGAUGCUCUGGAAGCUGAUUUAGAUAAAGAUGAAACACUACAAGCCAAACCUGAAGAACUAAGUGGGGAAGCCUUGUUAAAUAAUGUUUAUCAGACAAAUAAACCUGGAGGAGAAAACCCAAAGAAAAAGGUUCGUAUCAUUUUAACUCAUUCCACUCUGGUGGCUGAUCUACUGGUAGAUUGA